CGCAGCGCAGCGGCAUGGAAAUCGAGAAUGCUGCGUUUGGUCAUCACGAACGAUGAGCGAGUGUGUAUUCAGUUUCCAGAAAUACACAUCAAUCCUGCCUCAAAGCGAGUGUCCCACUCGACAUGCUACGUUGGCGUGAAGCUGCCGUACAUUUUGUCCUCCUUGACCGUCGAGAUGAACCCGGCCUCGCCGAUCUGGAGGUGCCCGAUCUCGUUCUCGCACGUAUUGAUGUCCUCGCCAUACCGCACUAUCCGGUUGCCGAUGGCCCGGACCGAUUUGCGUGUCGUGACGUUGCAGUAGUCGUCGGGACUGGAUGUCUGGAACCGAGACAGAGUGUGGGCGGUAUCAAGAGCAAAUCGCAUCGGAUGCUGGAGCGCUCGGCGGGCCUCCGUGAAUCCAGGCGUCUUUUUGGUCGCCCGCAUCGUCGCCCAGUAGAUGAUCUCGGCAAUCUUGCUCAAGAUCGCUGUUGCCGAGCCGAUCGCUGCGAUGAUGAUCGGGAGCGGUGGAAUCGAGAGCAUUCCGGCUCCGGCAAACCCGUAGUAGUCGCAGUUGACCGUCAGCGCCGAGUGAUAAUGCAUGAUGGCAUAGUGCGCCGACGACCCAAUCCCGACGGCCACGCCCCGAUACAUGGCCUCGGUGUGGUAGUAUCCGUCGGGAUAGGUUGCCCACGAGAGGUAGUUGCAGAAGGUGGCGCCUUGGGAUGGGUAGUAGCUGGCGUUGAGGACCGACUGAAAGACGCUCUGACGGAUCAGUGGCAGCACUCCGUAGCUGUCGGUGGUCUCGCGGAAGGCCAGCUGGGCCGUCCGGGCAAAGCUCGACGGCGAUGUCGGAUAGGCCACCGAGAACGACCUCGAGGGACUCGAUGCUGCCACCAGUCGACCGCCCGUUACUGCCGACCACUGGUCCAACACAAAGCUGUACUGGAUGACUCCGACUCCGACCUGGACAAACACAACGCACUCUUGCUGGAAGGUCGAGUUGACGACGGUCUGGGCAAUGUCGUCAAAGACACUUCCUGCCGGGAGCGUGACGCUCAUCUCGAGCAUGAAUCCGCGGCCGUUGGACGAGAGGACCGAGCUGACGAUGUUGGAGGCGCCGUUGGUGUUGAUCGAGGGCUGCGGCUGUCCGUCGUCGCACUCGGCCUGGAUGAUGUAGACCGGUCCCUGGCCUUCGAUCGUGAACGAGUCCAUCGGAUUGUUCAUUGGCUAGCCGGCCCAGGCGCCGAUGAUGCCGUCCGACAGCGGUAGUCCGUAGUUGUAGACGGUGGCAAAGUCGGCGUCGCCCUGGAUGAACUGCUGGAUGGCAAUGUUGGGCGACAGAACCGAGCCGAUAUAGUUUGGCGGAUUGCAUGUUCCCUGGAGCAGGAAGGUCUCGGUGGCGUCCCACACGAACGAGAUGCUGCAUCCAAUCAGGAUCAGCUCCGAGACAAUCUCGAUGAGGUAGCUGAUCUGGAUGAUC